AUGCCUCCAGAAACAGGCAGCAAACGCACCAGAUCCCCAUCGGGCGACUACUCCCACCCAUCCUCCUCCUCCAAAGUCCCCAAAACCCACUCCAACCACCUCCAGAUCAACUACCUCGCCCGCCAAUACACACAUAACAUCCCGCUCGUCUCCGCAGAGGAUACCCUCCCUUCCAUCCUCCGCAUCAUCAACGACUACGAUGGUGUCCUCCAACGUCACGAGAGCAUUGCCGGAAACCUAGGCGCAUGUCCUCUCGGCCCCAUCCUUGUUUCUCGUUUCGAGCGUCUCUUCGACGGUCCCCCCAAAGUGCUGAAAUCGCAUGGGAAGGAAGGGACAACCGUAUCCUGGCUCGAUAUCGUUGAGUUUGCGAAAAACAAACCGGAGCAAUUCACCCUUGAAAAGACCCGCAAUGGAGUACCGGUCUGUCAGAUAUACACCAAGCAGAGUCGCGUAGAAAUUUCAGAGGAGGACUAUAUCCUGAUCAAGUCCGGGAUUCCUCAGAAGAUUAUACCUCCGCAGCCCAUUGUUGAGGAUGAGGAGAAAGAGUUGGGCGCUUUGGAAAUUUUGGAAAAGAAUCUGGGGCAGAUUAUUAAUUUGGCUGAUCAAGUGUCCGCUCGUGCUAGGCAGUUAAACCAUAGAUUCAAAAACCGCAAAAGUGCAAUUGUGAGCAGGAGGGAAAAUGAUAUGUCACUGAGUGCGCAACAACGGCAGUCUGUGAGCCCAUUCCGGGAAGCUAAUGGCAAUGGAAUGGGUACGACCUAUGCAAGCAAUGGUCAUUCACGCCCGCACUCCCCACAGGGCUUCGUCGCGGUUAAUUCUUCUUCUCGACGUGAACCCCCGGCCGACGACACCAGCAUUCUCUCCGCAGCGCAGUUCAUGUUCCCUCAUUCCAGUACCGACAACGUUACCAUAAUCAAUGGUACCUCAAUCAAGGGCGCCUCCCCAGCCACACGCGCGGAGCUGAUGAAAAAAUUCUUCACAACAGCUGACCGCCAUACACGGGGCUACCAAAAUGAAGAAGAUGUAGAACGCCCCGCCCCGCCAGCACGCCAAACCUCCCGCUCACGGCCGCGCGCCUCUGACCCAGGCGAGUACGGAGGGGCCUACACAGGCAGCGGGCCUGUGCCCAUCCCCAACACCCCAACUUCCCUCCUUCCCCAACCAAAAUCCUCCAACCACUACGAACGUGACGACGGCGGGCCCUACAAGGUCGAGAUGGUGAGCCGGAUGGAAGGUCUCCAACGCGGCGAACGCAUCCUACCCCCCUGUGACCGCUGUCGCCGCCUGCAAAUGGACUGUCACAAGAACCUUACUGCCUGCAUGGGCUGCACGAAGAAACACGCCAAAUGCUCGUGGAAGGAAGUCAAGGUCGAGGAGCUACGCGAGACGUACCCUGUGCAUCCUCGAAGUAACAAAAGUGGUGGUAAGGGCGAAGCACAUGAUAAAACGAUGACAGUGGAAACGGAUGCGGAGGCGGAAGCGGAGGCAUCAGCAUCUGUAUCAUCGACAGAAGCCGGUAGGAGCCAGCGGGGCGCUGAGACGCCGAAUGUUGUUGGCGGCGUCAGUGCGAACCCGGGAUCAGCUAUCGGAACCGAAACGAUCCCCAUCAUCGGUGACUCCAACAUGAACAAUUAUACUAAUUCCCGCCGCGCAUCCGACCCGCAAACACAACCCCACAACUCCUCCAAACCCCGUUCGCUGAGUGAAAACAACAUGCAUGCUGACCCAACGGGCGGGCCGCAGGCAGCUGAUAUGUACCGGUCCCAUAGCAAUUCUCACGGACAUAUCCACUCACCGCACCAUACACAUCUGCAAUCACACCAACAUCAACGAACGCAGAUGCAAACACAAACUCCGCUAGAUACGGAAAUGGAUGACGGCGACUCAACAGACCCUCUCACUCAAGCUAUUCGGGAUACGAUGGGCAAGCAUAACCUUGCUGCAGCGGUGGCGGCGACAGCGCAGUCAUCGCGCGACAGAGAGGGGGAGAGGGAACGCGAUAGAUUGAGAUGA